CUGGUCUCCCUCAUUUUAGAUAAAGCUGUGUUGGACCAGAUCUGGCUUCCUGAUCUCUACUUUGCCAAUGCAAGAACUGCCUACUUCCAUGAAGUCACAGUGCACAAUUUCAAUAUGUUCAUAUCACCCAAUGGUACGAUAGCCUAUGGAACGAGGAAGAUUUCUCCUCGAAACGCUGAAUUUUACAUAAGCAUGGAGAAUUAAUG